AGUGUAGAUUCCCAUGGCGAAGACGACUGUGUCCAUACCAAUGGUGCUCCAUGUGGUGCGCAACCGACGAAUUGUUUUGCCUUUGCUUGCGAUAGUGGUGGCCGCUGCUCAGCUCCUCACAAGUGUGGCAUUUACCGGAUCUUUUCGGCCAACACUCCUUGGGGAGGAUUGUGUGCGUGACGUCAACGUCCACAUGAAGCAAUCUGUCCAGGGCGCUUGUAAGAAAAAGGUAGCAAGAAGCCCCGUGAACCCGAAUAUGCAGACGGCAAAACAGAAGCAAUCAGAGCGGACGAAGGCAAGGGCAUCAGAUGCUCAGAAGAGCAACCGAGUAGGUUACAUGCAAUGGCCUGUCGAGCCUCCUGAGGGUGUGACAAUCCUGCACGUAGAAUUUGAUGUUGCGCCCAAGAACCAAUACGAGGCUGAGCAGGCACGAAGGACUUGGAACGCCUUUCCGCGUCCUGGCAAUCAGGAAGUUCAGGAUUUCUACAAAAAGGUCCGUGAGACUUUUGGACCGAAGGUCCGAGUCACCAUCAAUGAACCUCGAAUCAUCAAGGAGUUGGUGCCGAAAGGUGUUCCAAUUAGAUAUCGCAAGGGAGCUUUCGAAGUGGUGAAUUUGAACACGGGCAAGCUCCUAUUUUCAAAAUUGCAGACUGGUGCAUCGCUUGUUUACGAGGGCUACUGGGACAGGUUUGCGAAGCAACUGAAAGAGCAAAUGGAAGCAUGAUGCGGGGACACAUCUGUUAGUCAUGGCUCCGCAGGGCAGAUGUGGUGUCGUUGUAGACGGGGAACG